GUGCCCGGAUGGAGGCACGUCAUUGUCCCCCGCCGGGCGGCUGGGCUGUGUGCGGCGGCGGCGGCGGCGGCGGCCGAGGGGGAUGGAGCGAGCGCCGAGCCGGGUCAGAGCUGAACAAUGACCAUAGUUGACAAAGCUUCUGAAUCUUCAGACCCAUCAACCUAUCAGAACCAGCCUGGCAGUUCUGAGGCUGUCUCACCUGGAGACAUGGAUGCAGGUUCUGCCAGCUGGGGUGCUGUGUCUUCGUUAAAUGAUGUUUCAAAUCACACACUUUCUUUAGGACCAGUACCUGGUGCUGUAGUUUAUUCAAGUUCAUCUGUACCUGAAAAAUCAAAACCAUCACCACAAAAGGAUCAAGCCCUAGGUGAUGGCAUUGCUCCGCCACAAAAAGUUCUCUUCCCAUCUGAGAAGAUUUGUCUUAAAUGGCAGCAGACUCAUAGAGUAGGAGCUGGGCUCCAGAAUUUGGGCAAUACCUGCUUUGCAAACGCAGCACUGCAGUGUCUAACUUACACACCACCUCUCGCCAACUACAUGCUGUCGCAUGAGCACUCCAAGACAUGUCAUGCAGAAGGAUUUUGCAUGAUGUGUACAAUGCAAGCACAUAUCACCCAGGCUCUCAGCAAUCCUGGGGAUGUUAUUAAACCGAUGUUUGUCAUUAAUGAGAUGCGGCGUAUAGCCAGGCACUUCCGCUUUGGAAACCAAGAAGACGCCCACGAAUUCCUUCAGUACACUGUUGAUGCUAUGCAAAAAGCAUGCUUGAACGGCAGCAAUAAAUUGGACAGACACACCCAGGCCACCACACUUGUCUGUCAGAUAUUUGGAGGCUACCUAAGAUCUAGAGUCAAAUGUUUAAAUUGCAAAGGUGUUUCAGAUACUUUUGAUCCUUAUCUCGAUAUAACUUUGGAGAUAAAGGCUGCUCAGAGUGUCAACAAGGCAUUGGAGCAGUUUGUAAAGCCGGAACAGCUCGAUGGAGAAAACUCGUACAAGUGCAGCAAGUGUAAAAAGAUGGUUCCAGCUUCAAAGAGAUUCACUAUACAUAGAUCUUCUAAUGUUCUUACACUUUCUCUGAAACGUUUUGCAAAUUUUACUGGUGGAAAAAUUGCUAAGGAUGUGAAAUACCCUGAGUAUCUUGAUAUUCGACCGUACAUGUCUCAGCCAAAUGGAGAGCCGAUCAUUUAUGUUUUGUAUGCAGUCCUGGUACACACUGGUUUUAAUUGCCAUGCUGGCCAUUACUUCUGCUACAUAAAAGCUAGCAACGGCCUCUGGUACCAAAUGAAUGACUCCAUCGUGUCUACCAGUGAUAUCAGAUCGGUACUCAGCCAGCAAGCUUAUGUCCUCUUUUAUAUCAGGUCCCAUGAUGUGAAAAAUGGAGGUGAACUUACGCAUUCCGCCCACAGCCCCGGCCAGUCCUCGCCCCGCCCAGUCAUCGGUCAGCGGGUUGUCAACAGCAAACAGACAGCCUCGGGAUUCAUAGGCCCCCAGCUCCCCUCGCACAUGAUGACGAACUCCCCUCACCUGAACGGGACGGGACCACCGAAGGAGACGCCGAGCAGCCCCAUGUCAGGCCCCAGCGGGAAUUCCAGUGUCAGCAGGACUGUGAACGCCUCCCCGUCUGUUCAGAACUGGUCAGUUAGCAGGCCCUCAGUUAUUCCAGAACACCCCAAGAAACAGAAAAUCACGAUCAGUAUUCACAACAAGUUGCCUGUGCGCCAAGGUCAGUCUCAGUCUAGCCUUCACAGCAAUUCUUUGGAGCACCCCAACAAGCCCGCCCCCUCUUCUACCAUUACCGCUUCUUGUGCAAUACAGUCUACCUCGAGUGCCCCCACGCCGCCCGCCUCUAGUAAGGUCCCAAAGCAGACGGCCCCGAGGGAGGCCUGCUCCAGGCCCGUGAUGAACGGCAGGCCCAGGCUGAGCGCUGGCGUGCUGGUCCCCUACGGCGCCGAGUCCUCCGAGGAGUCUGACGAGGAGGCCAAGGGCCUCGGCCAGGAGAACGGCCGCGGGCUGACCGAGAGCGUGUGCUCCCCUGCUCCAGACGCCGAAGACGGCGACGCCUCCCCGCACGAGCUCCGAGAGCCCGUGGCUCUAAAUGGUGCUACUGGUCCGGACAGCGACCCGAUGGAAAACGGCCUGCCCUCAGACGGGGCCCCUUGCCCAGGCCAGCCUGCGCUGCACUCAGAACACCCCUUUCCCAAGGCAAACGGCCUUCCUGGGAAGUUGAUGCCUGCUCCUUUGCCACCUCUUCCAGAAGACAAAAUCUUAGAGACCUUCAAACUCAGCAGCAAAGCCAAAGGCUCGGCAGAGGAGACUAGGACACCUGGCUCGGAGGAGAGGCCUCUGGAGCAUCUGGAGGCGGAGCUGGAGGCCGGCCGCUCCCCUCCCGGCGAUGCCCGGGACAACCUGGAGCCUGUCUCGAAUCUUAGCAGCAAACUCAAGAAGGCUUCGCCGCCCUCGGACCCCAGCAUCAAACCUACCAAAGAAGAAGUCUCUGAACAUGUUUCGGCAGAACCCGAGGAGGCUGUGCCGAGUGUCAGCACCUUUUGUAACCCCAACAAGGAUGCCCUCGGGGACGAUCAGCUUCCAGCACCCUGUGACCCUGGGAAUUUAACAGAUGAUCAGAGCAAACCGUCCCCAGACGUGGGAGGGACGUUACCAGAGCAGCCCCCGGACCCGGUGGCUGCAGAAGCCACAGGGAGGCUGAGCCCGGUUCCCUCUGUGCCUUCCGAGGGCGACCGUGAGCCCGAGCCCUUGGGUCACAGCGGUCGGGACAGAGGCUCAGAGGCGGAGGGUCCCGCUAAGAGCACGGGGGUGUCCACAGACGAGGUGCCCUCUCCGCAGCUAGACAUGAUCACAGAAAACCGUCCUGAGGGGCCCCCUGAGCGCAGCAGCAGUGAGAGAGGGGAAGACAGUAAGGCCGGGCACAAGGCCCCAGAGCCGUGUCCGGUCCAGGAGAAGGUCAGCAGCCUCAGAAAGGUUGACCGAGGACAUUACCGUAGCCGAAGGGACCGCUCAUCCAGUGGCGAGCGUGCACGGGAGAGCCGGAGCAGGACCGAGGUGCAGCAUCGGCGGAAGCGGCCCCACCGGGAGCAUGAGCGGCUGCGGCCUGAGCGGCCCCGGCUGGAGCCCUGCGCCCUGGCCCCACAGCCCCCCUGCCCCAGCUCCCUGGCCAGGUCGGGCCACCACCACUCCCGGAGCAGGGGCGCCCCCGACCAGGAGUGGGGCCGCUACCACCACGCCGAGGGCGAGCACGCCUGGGCCCGGGAGAAGUACUACCCAGACAGGCUGCGCUGGGAGCGCUGCCGGUACCACCACGACAGGUCCCCCCUGUACCCCGGCCGGGAGCCCCGGGACUGGCGGCCCUUCCACGCCGAGCGAGAGUAUGAGCGGGCUGGGCCCUACGGCGGCCGGCCCUACAAGGACCACUACAGAGGCCGCAAGGGCUACGAGCUGGCGGCCAAAGAAAGGGACCGGCACCGCUUCAGCAGCCCCCGGGCGGGCGUGGCCCACGCGCCCCCUCCACACCCCGCCGCCAAAUACGCCCACGACAGGCUCGGCUUCGGGGCUGAAGAUGGCAGCUGCGACCUGGCCACGCGGUUUCACGAACACGACAACGUUAAGUCACGGAAACGGAGAUACGAUAGCCUCGAGAAUGAGAGUCACGUAGAAAAGAAAGCCUGGAGAAGCUUACAGAAGGACCCUGUAGAGGAGCCCAAAGUGAAGAAGCACAAAAAGUCGAAGAAGAAAAAGAAAUCCAAAGACAAACACCGGGACCGAGACUCCAGGCAUCAGCAGGAUUCAGACCUUUCCGUAGCGCACUCUGACGCUGACCUCCACAGACACAAGAAGAAGAAGAAGAAAAAGAAGAGACACUCGAGGAGAUCAGAGGACUUUGGGCGAGAUUCAGAACCGCGCUUGCCCAAGGCAGCCAGCUGUGAGACUGUGGACCAUUUCCGGAGAGCCGAGGGCGCCUUCCCCCUCGCAGACGGCCUGCCGCUGGAGGGCGCGGCACCUUUCUGUGAGAAAACCAAACACUUCAGGAUGGAGAGCCGGGAGGUCAGGUGUCGGCUGUCCGAGUGCGGCCAGGGUGAUUGAAAACUUGGCCUCAAAACAAAAACUUCACUAGUUAUGAUUCACCGUGUUCAACAGAAGCCAUCCCCAACCCAGCUUAAAUUAUAAAUAGAGAAAAUAACUUUGUUCAAAUCUGCGUGGUGCUUCUUUAGUAAAUACUGUACAGAUUUUACCAUGGAGGACGUUUUUUUUUUAGUUUUUACCUUUUCUUAAUUACCCUUAUUCCAAACGGAUGAACACUUUCUACAACUGCUGACCAUUGUAAAUCUAUAAACUGUGUAUAUAAAUCACAUUGAAAAUAACGCCCUGGACUAGAACAUCUCAAAUGCUGCUUAAUCACAGACUCAGGUUGAUCACUCGUAUUCCAUGCAAUGCUCCUCCAAGUUAGACAUCCGGUGCAAGACCAGCCGGGAAACCAUGGAAUUAUUAAAAGUACAAACUGACAGCGUGUAUAUUUAAUUUAAAGACUUUAUUUAAAGAUUCACAAGCUCUCAACUAGACUUUUGAGAGCAGUCUGUUUUCUGUAAUGUCUGAUACUAGAAACUAAUUUGCUUCAUAUUUUAGUUGUAUUCAAGAUUUGAAGAUGUAUUUUAUAGACAAGUUCUGUUUUUGAACUUUGUGGAACUAUUCCAAUCAAUUUACCAGUUAUGAUGAGUAUUUACAUUAUGAAUGUAUAAUCCAAACAUUAUUUGUAAGGCCUACAGUAUGUUUUUAUUACAUAACACUUUUUUAUACAGUGUCUCUUGUCUUGACUAUGAUAUUGGAGUCUGAGUUGUCAGCUUGGUCCCUUAAAGUUUCUAGUUACAGACAAAAUCAUACUGUGAUUUUAUUUUUAAUAUGGAUAUGCUAUCAAACUGUGAUACACUUAUAAUUCACUGGUCCUGCAUCAGGAGAUGGAGUGGGGAAAACUGUAUUUAAUACAGUUUGUAUCUGAAUAAUCUGUAUGGUUUAUACAGUUUGUGUUGUUCAGAGAUGUCUAAAGUUUGAUCUUUGUUUUUUUAAAGAUUAAAAAAGCACUUGCCCCACUGUAAAUAUACAGCAUGUAAAAUUUAUAUAGUAUAUAAAUGGCAGCAAAUUAAACCUUUUGUGUCUUAUUUUUUUACUGCUGUUUCCGCAUUUGCUUGCAGACACUUCUCACGGACUUCUUUCUCUGCAUUUACUUUCUUAAAACUUCUAAAGCUCCAGCCAUGGGCUCUCGGCCCCACUGGUGAGAGCGUCCGGCGU